AUGACAUCGAAUAAUUCAGACUUCCUGGAAUGUUCCAAUAAUUGUUCAGCCAAAGCUGUACUUUCGUGCAAGAAAUGUGAGAUAAACUAUUGCUUGAAAUGUAGCCAUAUUGUCCAUGAACAACCAGCUUUAAAGAAUAAACUUGAAAGUGCACAAUCAUCCGUGGAGAAAGCUUUUGAAGAUGCGGAAAAAGUGGUCAGCUCAAAUAAAAAUCUCAACAAAGACAAAAUUACUGUUGUAUUUACGUGCAUUCGUGCAGCAGUUGAUACGUGUGAAAGAGAGUUGAACGAAUGUAUUGACAAUAUUGAUGAUAAUAAUAAAGAGAAAUUGGAAAAAUAUCAGCAAAAUGUGACCGAUGCAACCCUUAAACUCGAACAGUAUAGAAAAGAAUUGGAAAAUAUUCUUGUCAAUAAUAACUACGAAAUGUUGCUACAAUCGAGGGAAAACUUGACUGAAAACAUAGACCAAAUUGAGAAAGAUCUGGAAAAACUAGAGUCAUCUGUCGACAUCAGAUUUACUAUAGAGAAUAUCGAUAAUUUACAAGCAGCUGUGAAUGAUGCUCUUAAAACUGUGAAGAUCGUGCAGAAACAAGUCGAACUAGGCAGCUUCUCAAGCCAUUCCCCACAUGCUGAUCCGCAACUGGUUAAAUUGUUUAAAUCUGUUAAUGAUCAAGGUACCACAAUAACUGAUCCAGAAAUAAUCACAUAUAUUCGUGAGCAUAUGGAUCCAAGCGAAAAAUUUUAUAUUCGAAAUAUUGUUUUAUCUUAUUUGGAAGCAUGUUUAAUUAAUCGUGACCAACAAAAGAAAAUUCAAGAAGAUAUUGCGAAAAAACGAAUGACUGUACUAAAUGCUAUUAUUGAACAUAAACCAGAAGCAGAGAUCCAAGCAGUUUAUGCCAUUCAAAAUUUUGUUUAUAAACUUGAACAUCCACCAAAAAUGGUUCGACUACUAUUCGAUAUAUUUUACGAUGAAGAAUGUGUGAGUGAAGACUCAUUUUUCGAAUGGCUUAAACAUCCAGAUCAAUCAGAAACAGAAGGACAUGCUAUUGUCGAAAUAUCAACUAAAGACUUUUUUACUUGGUUACAACAAGCUGAAACAGCACUUGAAGAAGGCGAAGAAGAAGAAGGAAGUUAA